AUUUUUUGUAUAGUAAAAAGUUAUACAAUAAUAUAAAGUCUUUAAUAUGUAAUGAUACCUACAAUUUUUUUGAAGUUAAAGUUGAAUAAUCAGUUAAUAACGAUUUACGUUUAUACAUUUACAGCUAUAGAAAAAUGUACUACAGCGAUAUUAAAAUAUAGACAUGAAGUUGAUGGUAAAACGUUUAAGUACGAUGAAAACAAUCACUACCAAUGUCUCUUGGCGACAUAUGAUAUGGCUGUGUUAAAUAAUCCCAAAAGAGAGAAGUCCAAAUUAUUCGGGAAAAUUUAUGAAAAGUACAAAUCAGAGGCACCGAAAGGAAAUAUACACAACUUCUACCUGUAUAAUGUCGAAGUUUUUAAAAUAUUGUUUGACACCUAUGGCUGGUUAACUCCUUCUAAGUUGUGCAAACAUUUUCUUUCCAACGAAAAUACAGAGUCUACGAAUAUUAAAAAAGAAAAUACCGUUGAAUAAGAAGGAGACAAGCCGUACUUUUCCUUUUAGUACUAGUUAACUAUCUUGUAUGUGGAAAUUUGUAAUUAAAAAUAAAAAACAUAAUAAUCCCGGUAACCACUUGCUUUACCAUUACAUCUUGUAAGUUACAAGUGCAAUUCAUCACUUUUAAAUUAUUUAUAUAUUUAUUUAUCUACUUGGUGUCUAUAAUUUUUAGUUUGAUUAAAUUGUUUCAAUAUUUCUUUAAAAUUAAUAAAUACCUUUAAUGUACCAAAGUAUUUGGAAUAUAUCAUUGCUGUUAUACCAUAUUACUCAUUACAAAUUAUAAAUAAAUUUGAAUUGAAUAUUU